AUGGCGCGCCGCAGCCGCGCCAAUAGCGUCGACGUCGGGCCACGGAGCGAGUCUGAUGAGCGCUCGCCGCUGACACCCAACAGAGCAGCGCUACUGAGGACGCAGAAGAAAGCCAGUCCGUUGCGACUGGAUAGCAACAGUGGCGACGACACAGGCAGUGCAGACGAUCGGGAAGGGCAGAAAGUGGUGCUGGCCGCGUCCAUUUGGCGAGGAGAUAAACCUUCCGAUGCUGCGAAUGCGGAUGUGAAAUUAAGUAAUAUGCGGCGAUAUUUGAGAGCGGCUCGGGCACUGUACGAGAUGCAGUUCCAGAUGAAGCGACCUGCGGCUAUCUUGAAGAUGAAGCCCAACUCGUACGGACUGAAAAGCCGGUCCACAUUCGACACGCUGACAGCGCUGGUGUCUCCACUCCGGGGUCAUCAGGUUCUAGACGACUGGACGGGACUUGAAGUUGGUCUGUUUGAGGAGGCGUAUGAACGCUUCGGAAAGGAUUUCUAUGCAAUUGCUGAACAGCUUCCCAGGAAGACAGUGAAGGACAUAAUUGCGUUCUAUUAUUUCUGGAAGAAGCACGGAUCAUGUGCAAAGACUCGAGAUGAUGGCAAUUUGUCGGAUGAUUUCUUGCCGGAACCUGAGCCGAGCGUAUCAAGUGAGACGCUCAAACUCAUGGAUUGCCUUCGAAAGCGACAGAUCUACAUUCAAGAUUACCUUGACGCCGCACGAGCAAUGUAUGCCCCCCGACCGGCUUACGCGUCUCACCACAAGAGGCAGAAGAUUUCUGAAUUUGGCUUGCAGCGGGUGUCUGUCUUCCAGCAAGGUCUCAAAGGGUUAUCACCGUUGCGUGUUCCAUCUGUUCUAGAUACGUGGACUCCUUUUGAGAUCAGAGUGUUCGAGGUUGCGAUUGAGUGCUACGGCAAGGAUUUCACGCGAAUUGCUGAAGUGAUUGGCAGCAAGUCGUGCGCAGACGUGAUCGCAUUCUACUACGUCUGGAAAAACGAUUCGCACUAUCAAGUCGUGAAGAACCGAUGGGAGAGGAAGAACGAGGGGCGCACACCGAAGAAAUCGCUCGCGGACUCAAAAGCUAAAUGCGCAUGA